UUCAUUUGACGAAUUUCAGGAGGUUGAAUUGACACGCACUUACGCCCUGAAUAGGAUUAUCAACGAAGCUCUAUCUGACGUGGCUAAAGAGAUAACACUCUGUCAGAGUAAUAGACCUCAAAAAAAUCAAUACCACCGCGAUUAUAAAUAA